GCCGACGACGACGACGACGACGACCGACGACCGACGAAACGACCGACGCCCACACACACCCUUCCCCCCGAUUAACGAAAAGAAUAGCUCAAGAUGUCUAAGAGAGGACGUGGUGGUGCCGCCGGCAACAAGCUGAAGAUGACCCUCGGUCUGCCCGUUGGAGCGGUGAUGAACUGCUGCGACAACUCCGGCGCCCGUAACCUCUACAUCAUCUCGGUCACCGGUAUCGGAGCCCGCCUCAACCGUCUGCCCGCCGCUGGUGUCGGUGACAUGGUCAUGGCGACCGUCAAGAAGGGAAAGCCCGAGCUGAGGAAGAAGGUCAUGCCCGCUGUUGUCGUGCGACAGAGCAAGCCCUGGAAGCGACCCGACGGUGCUUACCUCUACUUCGAGGAUAACGCUGGUGUGAUCGUCAACCCCAAGGGUGAAAUGAAGGGAUCUGCCAUCACCGGUCCCGUCGGAAAGGAGGCGGCUGACCUGUGGCCACGUAUCGCCUCGAACUCCGGCGUCGUGAUGUAAAAAAUCUUUGUUCUUUUCUUUCGUGGGGGGCCUCCCAACUUGUGGUGUUUUUCUUGCAAAUGAUAAUUGAAACAACCCGCAAUAUUGUCUAGCAUCCAAUG